GAGCUCCGAGCUGAAAUGUUGGAGAUGCGAGAUGUCUACAUGGAGGAGGAUGUCUACCAGCUCCAGGAGCUCCGCCAGCAACUGGACCAAGCUAGCAAGACCUGCCGCAUCCUGCAGUACCGUCUACGCAAGGCGGAACGGCGUAGCCUCCGAGUGGCCCAGACAGGCCAGGUGGAUGGGGAGCUCAUCCAUAGUUUGGAGCAGGAUGUCAAGGUCUCCAAAGACAUCUCCGUGCGUCUGCAUAAUGAGCUGGAGGCGGUGGAAAAGAAGAGAAUCCGACUGGAGGAGGAGAACGAAGAUCUCCGCCAGAGGCUGAUCGAGGCAGAGCUGGCCAAGCAGGUGCUACAGCACGAGAUGGACAAACCUCGGGAGCAUUCCUUGAAGAAAAGAGGAACUCGUUCACUUGGAAAAACAGAAAAAAAGGCAUCAGUCCAGGAGGACAACGCAGAUUUGAAGUGUCAGUUGCAUUUUGCCAAGGAAGAGUCGGCCCUGAUGUGUAAGAAGCUGACUAAAUUAGCUAAGGAAAAUGACAGCAUGAAAGAGGAACUGGUCAAAUACAGGUCUCUGUAUGGGGACUUGGACAGCUCUUUGUCUGUGGAAGAGCUGGCUGACUCCCCUCAUUCACGAGAGGCCGAGUUGAAGGUACAUCUAAAGCUUGUCGAAGAAGAGGCCAACAUCUUGAGUCGACGGAUCGUUGAGCUUGAGGUAGAAAAUCGGGGGCUGAGAGCAGAGAUGGAAGACACCAAAGGGCAGGGGGAAAAGGACUACAUUGGCCCUGAUAUCCGAUUUGCUUUUUCUUCCACGAACUGUGGGGAGUCUGGGGAGAGCCUGGCUGAGCUGAGGAGACAUCUUCAGUUUGUGGAGGAGGAAGCGGAGCUCCUGCGAAGGUCUUCUGCUGAGCUGGAGGACCAGAACAAGCUUCUCAUGAACGAGCUGAACAAGUACAAGUCAGAACACGACCUGGAUGUCACCCUGUCUGAGGAUAGCUGCUCAGUGAUCAGCGAGCCAUCUCAGGAGGAGCUGGCCACAGCCAAGAUCCAGAUCAGCGAGCUCAGUGGGAAGGUAAAGAAGUUGCAGUAUGAGAACCGGGUCCUACUGUCCAACCUGCAGCGCUGCGACCUGGCCUCCUGUCAGACCAUGCGACCCAUGCUCGAGACGGAUGCUGAGGCUGGGGAUUCUGCCCAGUGCAUCCCCACCACCCUGUGGAGAGAACUGCCCGACACCCACCUCACUAAGCUCUUUAAAGCAAGAGACCUGGAAGCUUUGCCUGGCAUCAGGGACCAGGCUGCCCUGGUCAGCAAAGCUAUCGAUGUGUUGAUUUCAGAUGCCAAUGGCUUCAUAUCCAGCCUCAAGCUGUGCCUGGACAAUGACUGUGCAGACCUCGUGUUGAAUGAGUCCCUGGAUAACAGUGAGAGCCCCAGCGAUUCCAAACUUAUCAAUAUUAUCUUCAUGAGGCUUGGCCUCCUGCAACAGGAGCUGAACACGUUCAUGAGGAAAGUGGAUAGCAUCGGGGACUCUUUGAAAGAGUCUACAGAAACCUCUCUGCCAACCCCAGGAACCCAGGACUCCUCCAAGGAAGUUCUGGGCAAAGAACAUGGCUCUGACUUCCAGCCUCCUGACUUUAGGGACCUGCCAGACUGGGAGCCCCGGGCCAGGGAGGCCUUCUGCAGCACUAGCAGCGACCUGGACCCCAAACCCGAACUCACUCGGAGCUACAAGACUUAUCAAGCUGAAGACAAUGAAUCCUAUGCCACUGAGAUCAAAGAACUACAACUGGUACUCUCAGAAGCGCAUGAGAGCCUUCGGGGCCUUCAAGAACAGCUCUCCCAAGAAAGGCAGCUGCGCAAAGAAGAUGCAGAGAAUUUCAAUCAAAAAAUCUUCCAGCUGAAGGAAGAUCAACAGAAGACUCUCCUGCGAAGGGAAUUUGAACUGCAGAGUGUGAACCUCCAGAGAAGACUGGAGCAGAAGUUCUGGAGUCAGGAGAAGAACCUUCUGGUACAAGAAUCCCAGCAGUUCAAGCAGAACUUCCUGCUGCUUUUCAUGAAGCUUAAGUGGUUUCUCAAACGUUGGAGACAGGGCAAGAUCUUACCCAGUGAGGGAGGAGACUUUCUGGAGGUCAACAGCAUGAAAGAACUCUACCUGCUGAUGGAGGAGGAAGAGCUAAACCCCCAACAUUCUGACAAUAAGUCUUGUGUGGCGGACAUCUGGACACACAACACUCCCAAUGAGUACGUGAAGACUCUUGCUGAUAUGAAGAUCAUCCUGAAAGAACUGUGCCGAGAGCUUCGGGAGGAGCGGCGGGGCAUGAAUGAGCUCCAGCAGCAGUUUGCCAAAGCUAAGUCUGCCUGGGAAAUGGAGAAAACUGAGCUCAAGUGCCACCUGGCCCAGCUGGAGCUAAAACCAGGGAAAGGAGUGGGUGAGCGGGCCCUGCCUGACUGGAAAGCCAUCCUGAAAAGAGAAAGGGAGGAACACCAGCACCUCCUGGCCGAGUCCUACAGCGCAGUCAUGGACCUCACCAAACAGCUGCAGAUCAGUGAGAAGAACUGGGACCAGCAGAAGAUAGAGUUGCUGGAUAGGUUCAAGGAUGAGAAGCAGCAGGCUGAGCAGCAGGUUAAGGAGCUACAGAAUAAAAUAAGCCAGCUGCAGAAGGGAGCUGAUUCCUGGGCUUUGAAACACAUUGAAAUGGAGAAGCAUGACAGCAGCUGGAAAGAGACUCUCAGUGAGAAGAUACAUGACAAAGAGACCAUUUCUGAAGCUGAUGCCAAUGGAACCAACUUAAAAAGGACCAAAUCUGUUUCUUCCAUGUCUGAGUUCGAAAGUUUACUUGACUGUUCUCCUUACCUUCCGGGCAAAUCAGCCAGCAUAGUCAAUGAAACUUCCCGAAGCAAAAAGGCUUCUCCCACUGCCUCCCUGCUGCCCAAUACCUUAAUGGAUACUGCCACGGUGAACCCUGCCAGAAUUGCCUUUGUGGACAAUGAGCAGGCCAGCCCAGAAAAGGGGACCAAGGAGAAGAUGGGGCUCUCCCCUAGAGAUUGCAGCAGGAGAGGCAGCCUGGCCUACCAGGACUGUGCCCAAAAGCAGAUGCAGAGAAGCUACACAGCUCCUGACAAAACAGGCAUCCGGAUUUAUUACAGCCCACCCGUGGCUCGUCGGCUAGGGGUCCCUCUGGUCCAGAAUAAAGAGGGGAAAAUUCUCAUUGAGCCUGGCUUCCUCUUUACCAUGGCCAAGCCCAAAGAGUCAGCAGAGUCAGAAGGCUUGGCUGAGAGCACAUAUGGCCGGUGGCUGUGUAACUUUUCUAAACAUCGGGAGCUUCUGGACAGCAGCCCAGUGAGCAGCUCCGCGACUCCUGUACCCAAUUUCCCCUCUGCCCUUCAUGACUUUGAGAUGUCGGGGAAUAUGAGCGAUGAUAUGAAAGAAAUCACCAACUGUGUCCGCCAGGCUAUCCGUUCAGGCUCUCUGGAGAGGAAGGUGAAAAGCAUGUCAAGCCAGACGGUAGGGCUGACAAGUGUAGGCACCCAGACCAUCCAGACUGUGAGCAUCGGACUUCAGACUGACCUGCCUCGGGGAAGCCUGCACGGCAAGAGCUGGUCACCCCGUAGCUCUUCUCUGGUGUCUGUCCGAAGCAAACAGAUAUCAUCUUCACUGGAGAAGGUUCACUCUCGGAUUGAAAGACCUUGUUGUUCUCCCAAAUAUGGGUCACCAAAGCUUCAGAGAAGAUCUGUGUCUAAACUGGAGAGCUCUAAGGACCGAAGUCUGUGGAAUCUCCACCAAAGUAAGCAAAAUGGGUCAGCUUGGGCCAGGUCUACCACGACCCGAGACAGCCCAGUCUUAAGCAACAUUAAUGAUGGACUAUCUAGUUUGUUCAAUGUGGUAGAGCACUCUGGGAGCACCGAAUCCAUCUGGAAGCCAGGCAGCCAAGAGACCCGCCCCAAACCAGAGACUCACAAAUAUGGAAUUGUACAGGAGUUCUUUCGUAACGUAUGUGGCCGCUCACAGAGUCCCACUUCGGGAACAGAUCGGAAGGAAGUUGUUGGAGAUGAGUGUACCAAAAAGCCGGAACCUCUUUCCCCAGCAAGUUACCACCAAUCUGAGGGCAUUGCCAGGAUUUUGAGCAAGAAAACUCCCAAGCUGAGCGGUUGUGAGGAGGUCAGGCCAGCUUUACUCUCCCAGGGGGGUAAGGAUGGAACCUCUCGAGAUCCGGAUGGCAAUUUGACUGUGGCUAAUGAGGAUGCCAUGUGUGACUGCAGUGCUCAGUCACUGACUUCCUGCUUUGCUCGGCCUUCUCGAUCCAUCACCAGACACUCUCCCUCCAAAUGCCGACUACAUCCUCCUGAAAACAUCCGGGGAGGGGAAGAGAGGACAGCUUCUUCCAGCGAGUGACCAUGCUGCCAAGGGACAGAACAGAAAUGCUCCCCUUGCCCCGUCCCCUCCCUCAGCUAACAGUCAUAGUGAGA